CACAGCGCGAGAUGUCCGCGCGCACCGCCGUCACCGCGCGCCGAGGGUAGAAGAGACGGAGAGAUGAACACACGGGGGAUUUAAACAACAACAACAACAACAACAACAACAUAAUAAUAAUAAUAAUAAUAAUAAAUAACAAGAUAUAAGAAGGAAAUCGCAAGCGCGCGGAAACAUGACGUGAUUUCCCCGCAGAGCGCGUGAGAGAGGACAGAGAGAAAGGGAGAGAGAGCACGCGACGGACACGCGCACGGAGUCCAGUGGAUACACACACAAACACACCGCGCGCUGGAGCUGAGCUGCUGAAAACCUGUAGAGAUACCACAGACAGCGCUCGCGCUCGGGGGGGAAGGAGGAGGAACCGGGGUGGGGUGGGGGGGCCGCGCCGCGGCGGCGGGACCGACUGGAGCCGGAGGGAGAGAGAGAGAGAGAGAGAGAGAGUAAAAAUAAACGCACACUCUCUCUCUCUUCCUCGUGACAUUUAAAAACGCACCGGCACGAGGACAGGACACAUCCGGGUCUCCCUGUGCACACACCGCACGCGCGUGGGAAGUUUCUCGGCCAAAGACUGUCUCUGAGAGAGAGAGAGAGAGAGAGAGAGAGUGUCUCCCCUGUCGCCAUGGUGACCGACUGAACUGAGGGAGACUCGUGCGCGCAGGAGGAGAGGAGGAGGAGAGCAGCACGAGACAACACGGGUUAAAACUUUGUGUUUUUUCUUCUCAACUGCGUGUCUGAGGAUUUGCUUAAUCCCCCCCCCGAAAAAAAUAUUUGCUGAAACUUUGGUGUAACAGAGAGCAGAGGCUGAGAGUGCCCGCGCAGACUGUUACUCAUGCUGCACUCGCGCGGACCUGGGAGCGCGCGUCAUUAACCCCCUCCCCUGCUCGUUCACGUCGUCCGUUCCCAAGAUUGACUCGCCAUGCGACUCUCGCGCGCGCUGCUCUUCGUGUGCACACUACUGACGCUCGUGCUGCUUGUGUGCGCGCGCCGCGGCGCCGACGCCGCUCAUCGCUACUUGAGGCUCCGCCCCUCCCCGAGCGAGCACCUGCCGGUACCGGACCUGAAGGAGGACCCGGACCCGGAAUACGACCCGCGCGAGCAGGACCUGUCCGAGCGUGCGCUGCUGAAGAAGCUGGGCAGCGGCUUCGACGCCGACUUCAUGUCAGUUAGCACGCCUGCGCAGCUCCCCGUUACCAACACCACCGGCGCCACCACCGCCACCCCGGGCUCGCCCGCACAUGCGCCCAGCGGCGCCAUGCCGCCCGAGAUCCGGAGGCUGGACCUGACGCAGACGCCGUACGGGCUGCGGGUCAAGAUGGGCAAAAAGGCACGGCGGAGAUUCCUGCAGUGGCUGUGGACACACACGCACUGCCCCGUCGUGUACGUGUGGAAGGACCUUGGGGUGCGCUUCUGGCCGCGCUAUGUCAGAGAGGGCCACUGCUUCAGCGAGCGCUCCUGUUCCGUCCCCGAGGGCAUGUUUUGUAAACCGGCCAAGUCCAUCACCAAGACAUUCCUGCGCUGGUACUGCCAGGGCUUCCUGCCCCAGAAAUACUGCACCUGGAUCCCCGUGCACUACCCCAUCAUCUCCGAGUGCAAGUGCUCCUGCUGAGGCGGUGUGUGUGUGUAAGAGAGAAAGAGAGAGAGAGAGAGACAGAGAGAGAGACUGCUAUAAUGCAAUAAUGAAAAGAGGAGAGAAACGGACAGUACGACAGAAUGUGCGUGUGCGCAUUCACAUGCGCGACUGCUCCGAGAAGGCGCACAGACUGGAGCACGCUCUCUUGAUCACAAACAAUAAAUCCUAGCAAUUAUAAACCUGAUAGGUAUAAUAAUUUUAAUGUUGCACUGUGUUCUCGCAAACUGAAGUGUGUGUGUGUGAGGCGCCAUAUAGCGAAUCUAUUUUUUUAUAUAUAGCUUUUUGAUUUUAAAAUGAAAAAUUAAUAUACAUGUACAUAUUUAAAAGAAAAAAGAAGGAAAGGAUGCAGCUACUAUUGUUAUUUUUAUUACUAUUAUUAUUAUUAUUGUUUUGUUGUUGUUGUUGUUGUUGUUGUGUUAAAUGAGCAGGACCACGUGCGCACAGUGGAGAACGUUUCCGGAAGUGCUCUUGUCCCGGAAGUGCUUUAACUGACUGACUGACUCACUGCCAUGCUGCCUACAGCUUUUAUAUCCUAGUAAUAAUCAGUAAUAAUUAUAAAUAUAUUAGUAAUAACAAGAUUGAUUGUAAAAUCAAACAUUAAGGAUGAAAUUCUAUAUUUUAAGUGUGAAUUAAGUAUUUUGUUGUUAAAAAAAAUGGAAUAGUAUUUUAGUAAACAGAAUGUGUCGUGUUCUUAUUUAUUGUUGUAACUUGUGUUGAGUGUAGAGACCGACGUAAAGUAAAACCAGAGCACAAAGCUAUCAGUGUAAACAUAAAUGCCUUGGAGACACAGUUUAGCAAUAAAACCUCUCUGAUUAAGUUGA